CCCACAUUCUACUCACAAAACACAAUUUCUUCUCUUGUGUGAUCUUGUGAAUUAGUUGUUUAUUUCACACCAAGAAAAUGUCUCACAUAAAAAUAUCACUAUUGUCAAUGUUCACUCUCUGCUUGAUUACUUCACAGGCAGCAAGGUUCGACAUAGUAAACCGAUGUUCCUACACCGUCUGGCCAGCAGCCAUUCCCAGAGGCGGUGGCCGACAGUUGAACUCGGGCCAAACAUGGCCCCUAGACAUCCCAGCUGGAAUCUCAGCAGCGCGAAUUUGGGGCCGAACCGGUUGUAACUUUGACGGUUCAGGACGUGGUAGUUGUCAAACCGGUGAUUGCGGUGGUGCCCUUAGUUGCAGCUUAUCCGGAAAAUCUCCGACCACCCUUGCUGAAUUCACACUUAAUGGCGGAAACAAUAAGGACUACAUUGAUUUGUCUGUGAUUGAUGGUUUCAACAUUCCAAUGCAAUUUAGCUCAACCUCUAAUGGAUGCAACAAAGUACUAACCUGCAGGGAUUCUAAUUGCCCUGAUGCUUAUCAUCAACCCAAUGAUGUUAAAACGGUUUCAUGCCCCGGUGGUACCAACUAUAGAAUCGUCUUUUGCCCUUGAAAUAUUAUUGAAUCUAAAUAGUAUCGUCUGCACUACGAUGUACAACAAUAAUGCUUAGUUUAUGCGUGGAAUUAUUCAUAAAUAAUUUCUGACGAAUACAAUAUAUGGAAUAAAUUGUGUUACUUAUGAUUAAAACUAUUAAUACUAUAUAGUUCAAGUUAUUUCAUAU